AUUGGCUGGAGCGCGUCAGAGUGCAGGGAACAACAAACAAGUCAGCGGCGAGACGGUCGGGAUGGACGCAGCUACGUUGACGUACGACACGCUUCGCUUUGGUGAGUUUGAGGAUUUCCCCGAGACCUCAGACCCCGUGUGGAUCUUAGGAAAACAGUACAGCGCCCUCACAGAGAAAGAUGAGAUCCUAUCGGACGUCACCUCGCGGCUUUGGUUCACAUACAGAAAAAACUUCCCUCCGAUCGGUGGGACAGGACCCACGUCGGACACCGGGUGGGGCUGCAUGUUGCGGUGCGGACAGAUGAUCCUCGGCGAGGCGCUGAUGUGUCGACAUUUGGGAAGAGACUGGCGGUGGUCGGCGGGUGAGAAGCAGAGGGAAGAAUACCUCAGCAUCCUCAACGCCUUCAUCGACAAGAAGGACAGCUACUAUUCCAUCCAUCAGAUUGCCCAGAUGGGAGUGGGAGAGGGGAAGCCUAUUGGACAGUGGUAUGGACCAAACACAGUCGCCCAGGUUCUAAAGAAGCUGGCCGUGUUCGAUACCUGGAGCAGACUGGUGGUGCACGUGGCCAUGGACAACACGGUGGUCAUCGAGGAGAUCAAGCGCCUGUGCAUGCCCUGGCUGGACGCCGUGGGAGCGUGCGGCGACUCGGGGGCCACCGGCGGGCUCAACGGCUGCAUGGAGGGCGCCUGCGCUCUCGUGGAGGAGGAGUCGGCGCUUUGGAGGCCGCUCGUCCUGCUCAUCCCACUCAGGCUGGGACUGAGCGACAUCAACGAGGCCUACAUUGAAACACUCAAGCAAUGCUUCAUGCUGCCUCAGUCGCUGGGCGUCAUCGGUGGCAAACCAAACAGCGCUCACUUCUUCAUCGGCUACGUGGGGGAGGAGCUCAUCUAUCUGGACCCGCACACCACGCAGCCGUCGGUGGAGCCGUGCGACGACGGCCAGGUGCCCGACGACACGUACCACUGCCAGCACCCGCCCUGCCGCAUGCACAUCUGUGAACUGGACCCGUCCAUAGCCGCGGGUUUCUUUUGCAGGACGGAGGACGACUUUGACGACUGGUGCAUGCGCAUCAGGAGGCUGUCGUGCAACCGUGGUGGCUUACCCAUGUUUGAGCUGGUGGACUGUCAGCCGUCACACAUGGUCAAUGUGGAAACCCUCAACCUGACUCCAGAUUUCUCCGACUCGGACAGACUGGAGAGAUUCUUUGACUCGGAGGACGAAGAGUUUGAGAUCCUUUCCUUGUGAGGAAGACGCAAACAAUAACGUACUGUUGGGAAAAAGAAAAAAAAAAGAUUCUCCGCCGCCGCGCUCGAGCGCCAACUGGAGCCUGGCGCCGCUUUGGAGGGCGCAGUCGGCGCGCGUCACUCAGCGUUCACUCUCAACGGCAGCAUCUCCCCACCCCCGCCUAAAAAAACGCACGUUUGAUCCCAGAGUGAGGGGCUUUGACUCUAAUGCGUUUUGAGUCCUAAUACCAUUAACUGUCGAGUGUGCCUUUCCCACAGCCCACACCUUAACCCGCUUCUCAGACCGCACUCGCGUUCUCGCCACAGGACUUCAUCUGCAGAUUAUUUAUUUACUCACCAAUGAAUAUGUAGACGGACGAGAAGAGGAAUAAACUCUGAGCGAGAUAUUUCACAAUACUGUCUCAAGUUCUUUGGGAAAGAAGACUAACCCUCGGGCCUAAAAGCUUCCUUAUGAUACCAAUGUUCACUUUUCAUUGCAACGUGGUUAGAAAAGGAUGUAAAAACUAAGAAGAUGUCAGGUUCAAACACUGAUGACAUCUAUUAAACAACACAAGAAACAAGGAAUUGAACAGAGACAGAAUUAAAUUUGGCUCAAUUGAG